GAGCAUGUUUCCACCUACCUGUCUCUAAUCUAAACACCGAUACGCAUGCUUGAGUACUUUGCUGCUAUUUCCUGUGCUCCGGCUGGCAGCCUCCAUCGUCAUCUUCGUCUUCUUCUUCAUCUGCUUCUCUCACACCUAAUUUAUUCAGAUAUAAAGAGCAGAGCUUUAUCUUCUCAAAUUUGAUUCGCGUCACAUAAAAAGUUCCUUUGGAAAUAUGGGAAGAAACGCCCUAGCAGAAAAUGUGUUUUCUGGAAGGCAUAAUUGAGUUGUCUGUAUGCAAAGCCUUUGAUGAGGCGGCCAAAGCAGGGAAAUAUGUUUGUCAGUAUAGGAUGCACUUGUCCAAUUUGGAAACAGAAUGGAGGAGUCUUCAAUAUCUUAGGGGAACAAUUGAAAGAAGAGUUCAUGGGGCAAGGGAUCGCGGUGAAGAGAUUGAGGAUGCUGUUUCACGCUGGCAAGAGGAUGCGGGCCGGAUGGAAAAUGAAGUCCAGCAGCUUAUAGGGCAAGUCGAGGCAAGAAUGCACUGCUUUGCAUGCUCAUGUCCUAACAUCAAGUGGCGGUACCAACUGGGCAAACAAGCCGAAGAGAAGACAGCAGCUGUCAACCAACUCACCACUCAGGGCAGCCGAUUUGAUGUAGUUUCACACCCCAGGCCACCUCCUCCAGAACUUGAAUUUCCAUCUGCCGAGAAUUAUGUUCACUUGGAUUCUAGAAAACCAAUUUUUGAGGCUAUAGUGAAUGCGUUAAAAGAUCCCGAAGUUAAAAUGAUUGGCGUACAUGGGCCAGGAGGGGUCGGUAAGACCACAUUAGUCGAGAAGGUCGCCAAAAACAUGCUAGAUGAUGGAACUUUUAAGCAAGUCCCGCUAGUAGCCGUCUCUAAGGAUCUCAAUGUGAAGGAAAUACAAAAAAAAGUGGCUGACAGAUUGAAUUUUGCAUUGGAUGCCACAAAGGAUGAAAAGGGAAGAGCGAAUGAGUUGUGGCAUAAAUUCAAGAAUGGCGAGAAAUAUCUAGUAAUAUUGGAUGAUAUUUGGGAAAAGGUGGACCUGAAGGCAAUAGGUAUUCCUGUCAUGGAAGGAAAUAUAGGGUGUAAAGUUGUGUUAACGUCUCGAAAAGAAGAUUUGCUAAGAAUCACAAUGAAAGUCGAUAGAAAUUUUCCAAUUGCAGAGCUACCAGAUGCAGAAGCAUGGGGCCUAUUCAAGACGAAGGUGGGAAAAACCAUCGAGUCUCGGCCAGAAAUAUAUUUCCUAGCACGACAAGUGUGUAGAAAAUGCAAAGGUUUGCCGGUCGCCAUAAAUGCUCUUGGAGCUGCAUUGGAAGAUAGGCCAUACCUCACGUGGAAAAAUGCUUUGGAUAAGCUAGAGAGGCACAUGCUCACACAAAUUGAAGGUAUUGACCCAAGUGUUUGGGCCUCUUUAUGGGUGACCUACGAUAUGUUACGAUCCUCGGAUGCACAAUCUUGUUUCUUGCUCUGCUGUUUAUUUGUUGAGGAUGCUGAGAUUUCGAUUGACGAAUUGAUGAGACACUGCAUGGCAAGGAGCUUGCUUGCUCAAAACCCUCGUACAUUUCAUGAAGCAAGAACUGCCAUGCAUACAGUGGUUGGUGUCCUCAAAUCAGCUUCUUUGUUAUCAACUGACGAUCAUGAAACUGUUGUCAAAAUUCAUGAUGUCAUAAGAGAUGUUGGUAUCUCAAUUGCACGUGAGAAAAAAGGAUUUCUGGUAGAUCAUGGUGCCCUUCAUUGGCCACGGAAUCCCACAAAUGGGCUAUCGUACAAAGCAAUGUCAUUAAGUUUCCAAAGUAUUAAAGGGCUUCCAGAUGGGUUGGUAUAUCCACAACUGGAAACCUUAAUGGUUGACAAUAGCGAACUUUCCGAUCUUGAGGUUCCAGACAAUUUUUUCAAUGGAAUGAUGCAACUUACAGUGUUGACUUUUACUCGAAUGCGUAUGCGGCGACUCCCGUCAUCACUUGAAAAAUUGACAAACCUUCGGAUGAUAUAUCUGAAUGAAUGCGAGUUGGAUGAUAUUGCUAUACUUAAGGAGCUGAAGAGUAAUCUUGAAGUGCUUAGCCUUAGGGGUUCUAGCAUUGAGGCAUUGCCACUAGAGAUCGGACAGUUGACUGGUUUACGAGUGUUAGAUCUCCAAAAUUGUGACAAACUCAAGAUGAUUCCUGGAGGUGUCAUUUCCAAUUUAACUAGCCUGGAGGAAUUGUACUUUCCACAAAAUUUUGAUAAAUGGGAGGCCACAACUGACAAGCAACAAGACACGAGCAACAGAGAAAAUGUGAGCCUCGAGGAGCUGAGACGGUCAUUGAGUAUUGGUAAAUUAACCACUUUACAUAUCUUUAUACCAUAUGUCAUGCUAUUACCGAAGGAGGACCUAAUAUUUGGGAACCUGAAGGGAUUUAAGAUAUCAGUGGGUAAUAAAUUCAAACCUUGGGAAAAAUUUUCUGGAAGAUGCACGUUGAAAUUGGAACGUAUUGAUCAGUUAAGAAAUGAGUUCAUCCCUUUGGUGGACAAAGCUGAAGUGGUAGUCCUCAGUGAGAUUGAGGGUUUGAAGAAGGUGUUUCAUGAUAGAGGUGUUGGAAAUAGAUUUCUUGACUUGAAAUACCUCAAAGUUACAUCAUGUGUUGAGGACUUGGAAUAUCUUCUUGGUGAGUCAAAAUUAUCCGUGCAAAAUCAUGGGCUUCAUCGCUUACAGCCGUUCAAUAAUUUAACUGUGUUAAUUAUUGAAAAUUGUAAGUCAAAGUAUCUUUUUUCCCCAACCACCGUAAAAGGACUUGUCCACCUGGAAGAACUAGAAGUAAGAUCCUGUAAAAUCAUGGAGGCAAUAGUUGGAUUUGAAAGACGAAAUGAUGAAGAUGAACUCACCAGUGAGGUGAAGUUCAGUAAACUGAAGCAGCUGAAAUUGGAAGAUCUAUCAAACCUCUUAAGCUUUUAUGCCCAAAAGGAGAAGAUGGGAACAAUCAUGGGAAGCUCUUCUUCUUGUGCCCAGCCUCUUUUCAUUGAAAAGGUUAUUUUCCCUGCCUUGGAGAGGUUGACCAUUACUGAGCUGGGUAACAUAAUAAAGAUUUGGGACAAGCAAUCAAUAGCUGUUUUGGAAGAACAAUGGUCUUUCUACCAAUUGACGGAUUUGGAGGUCAAACGUUGCAGUAAACUGAUGCAUGUGUUUCCAUCCAAUAUGCAUCCACUGUUAAAGAAUCUAAAAAAACUAGAAGUAAAAGAUUGUGAAACCAUGAAGGGAAUAGCUGAAUUUGAGGGAGAAAUAGAUGAAGAUGGACUUAGAAAUGAGGUUGCUUCCCCUGCCCGAGAACAUUUAGAUUUGGUUGGGGUAACAGAGAUUCAGGACAAGCAAUCACUCCCAAAACCCAUAAAAGAAGUUGAAUCAUUGUGCAGACUUGUGGACAUUCGUAUUAAAAAGUGUGAUCAAUUGUUGUAUGUAUUUCCCUCCCAUAUGCUUCCUCUGAAUCUGCAAGAACUCGAGAUAGAAGACUGUGACGAGUUGGAGGUGAUAUUCUCAAAAGACCCGAAGGAGGAGAUAGAAGCAAUCAACGAUGACGUCAUUGUGUUCCCUCAGUUAAAGAGAAUGAGACGUCUUUGGAAUUUGCCUAAGCUCAAAAGUUUCUAUACUGAAACGCAAGGCUUCUUCUCCCACAAGGUUGCUUUUCCUGUCCUGGAACAUUUGCAUUUUUUGAAUUUAGAUAAGAUAACAAGGAUUUGGGACAACCAACCACUCUCAGAACCAGAAAAAGAAGCUAAAUCCUUCUCCGAACUUAAGGACAUUAUUGUUGAUGGUUGUAACCAAUUGGAGUAUGUAUUGCCCUUCUAUAUGCUUCCUCAGUUAAAGAAUCUGCAAGAACUCCGUGUAUGGGGAUGUAGGAAGAUGGAGGUGAUAAUCUCAAACAACCCGAAGGAAAAAGAAGCCACCAACAACAAUGAUACCAUUCGGUUCCCUCAGUUAAAGACCCUGCAACUUGGUUUGUUGCCAAAUCUCAAAAGUUUCAUAUGUAGUGAAACGCAAUUCUUGUUCUCCAACAAGGUUGCUUUCCCUGUCCUGCAAAGUUUGUAUUUUCGGAUUUUAGAUAAGAUAACAAGGAUUUGGGACAACCAACCAUUCUCAGAAUCGGAAAAAGAAGCUAAAUCCUUCGGCCAACUUAUGGAGAUUUUUGUUGAUGGUUGCAAUCAAUUGGAGUAUGUAUUGCCCUUCUAUAUGCUUCCUCAGUUAAAAAAUCUGCAAAAACUCACUAUAUGGAACUGUACGGAGAUGGAGGUGAUAAUCUCAAAGAAGCCGAAGGAGAAAGAAGCCACCAACAACAAUGAUACCAUUCGAUUCCCUCAGUUAAAGACCGUUUUGUUUUGGGAUUUGUCAAAUCUCAAAAGUUUCAUAUGUAGUGAAACGCAACUCUUCUUCUCCGACAAGGAUGCAUUCCCAGUGUUGGAGGAAAUAACACUAUACCCUCCAGGUACUUUAGAGUUUCUCCGAAACCAGACCUCUACGAAAGAGAUAUCCAUGGAGGAAUGCGGUACAAGUGGUAAAGAAAGUGACCAUAAUGGUCAAGAAUUUGAUGAAGAUUUAAAGACUCCUACGAAAGAGGUAUCCAUUGAAGAAUGUAGCACAAGUGGCAAAGAAAAUGACCAUACUGGUUAAGAACUUGAUGAAAAUUUAGAGACUCCUGCGAAAGAGGUAUCCAUGGAGUAAUUUGCGCUGGAAGUUACGCGCGCGUUCGGGUUUCUGGGGAGAGCACAAGAGUGCGUUGGAGUAGCCUCCUGCAUCCAAGUGCAAAACUUGUCGUUCCAUUUAAUAAGUUGAAGAUGCAUCUGAUGAUGAUGCUUUCUCUAUUUGGACCGUAAGAUGGUGAAUUUUCUAGUUUCAAAGUCAGUUUGUGUUUUAAGCUACAAUCGCUUUCAUAGUUUCCAAUUCGAGCUAGACCUCACAUUGGAAACUUAUCUGUCCUUCGUAUUCGCAUGUCUAUGAACUUUUGUUAGGUUGCUUCUUGGACGACUAUUUUGCAAACUAUAUCUAUAUUAAUGUUUGUGAUUUUGAUUGUAAUAAUAAAUGUCGGAUGAGUUUCUAUGCAUGGUUGUAAUAAUAAUGUUCGUGAACUUAUGAACUUA